GGAUGAGGAGGCUGCGCGCGUGUGGGUGGGUGUGUUUGAGCUAGAGCUGAAGGGGUGGGGAGGGUAACAAAAUAAGAAGAAAAAGAGAGAUAGAGAGGGAGAGUGGGAGUGAGCAUAGGUGUGCGCGCCCGUGUGGGUGUGUGCGUGUCAUCUAAUAGCGCCUCGGAGCGCAUUAUCUUCCCUGUCAUCUGCGCGGUUGGUGCUGCGCGCCGUGCCACGGAGACGGGUCCAGGAGAGAGGAUGCGUCGAUGCAGGCGGAUAUUCCCGGCAUUCGAGACUAAUUGGCGUGAAUCGUGUCACCACUGAGUGGCUAACACCAAAAAAACAGAAGAGGAGAGUGAAGAAGAAGAGGAGGAGGAGGAGGAGAGCCGCGCGCCGGAUUCCAAGGAAAUGACGGACUUAUAACAAAAAUUCAAAGGAGGAGAACGCACGGGUGGCGGGUCAAAGUUAGGCUUCAAGACAACUCCGACGCGCACGCUGACGCCGUGAUGGGACGCCACUUAGACAGAGAUGAUGAUGGACACUUUGGCACGGCGGCUCUAGUCCAGAAAUCCCCCCGUCUCCCGCAGGAGCGCUGCUGACUGAGCCCCCAGGUCGACGAUCAGUCAUUUGUUUUGAAGUGGCAGGAACCCCCCCCCCCCCCCCCCCCCCACCGCCUCUCCUAACCCCCCACCUCUCUUGAUUGGAACUGGAGUGAGAGAGGAUGGUGCGCGCAGCGAUUCCUGAGAGACCGGCGUGCGUACUCAUCACAUUCCCGUUAAGGAGUGCAUCUUAAAGAGCUUCGCUCUCCUUUGCCACUUCAUUCCGCUGCUUUGAGCCUGUCUGGGUGGCUUGAAAGAGCACCAAAAAAUAAAAAAAAGGAAAAAAGAAAAGAGAAAAAAAUUGGGGGAGGGGGUUGCUCAAAGGAAUAUUCGACCCAAGAGGGACGUCCGAAGAAAUUGCCGGAUCACCAAGCGGGACGAUGACCGUGAUUGACAGCCGGGCAAGCUGAGGAGGCCUGCCACUCAUCUUCCCAUCAGCUUGUCAGAGGGUUAUCUCUUUGUUGCCCCCACCCCCAUACCACCACCUUUUCCUCCGCCAUCCUCUUAUCUUCUCAGUGGACCAGUAACCUCGCUGUCUCUCAGAGUUACCUACCUUUUAGGAUAACUUGGAAGUGACAGGGAAAGCCAACAGCAGCCCGCUUGGAAAAACCGCCUUUUGCCUCACUUGAAGGGACAUGCCUCUUCACCUCAUUUAGGUGAAUAACAGGAAGAGCGAACUCUUAUUUGACCCCCCUGUCAGGAGGAGACGGCUCCAUUAGAGGGAGCUACGCAGGAACAGCCAUGCAUUUCCAGCUCGCGUUAACGCUGCAAGCGAUAUGGACCGCCGUUUGCCACGCAGCCAUGCAGCACUACCCCGCGGCUUGGGGCCACUACGACGUGUGCAAGUCCCAGGUUUACUCAGAAGACGGUCUAACCUGGGACUACAUGGCUUGCCAACCAGAGGCAGCGGACAUGACCCAGUACUUGAAGGUUAGCCUGGAUCCGCCCAACAUCACCUGUGGAGACCCUCCAGAGACCUACUGUGCACUGGAGAACCCUUACAUGUGCAACAACGAAUGCGAUGCCAGCACCGAGGAGCUUGCACACCCUCCAGAGCUCAUGUUCGACAUCGAGGGCCGCAACCCCACAACCUUCUGGCAGUCUUCCUCCUGGAAGAAGUACCCAAAGCCCCUUUUGGUCAACAUCACCCUAUCGUGGCACAAGACAAUCGAGUUGACCGACGACAUCGUCCUCACCUUUGAGUCGGGCCGGCCCGAGCAGAUGGUCUUGGAGAAGUCGCUCGAUUACGGCCGAACCUGGCAGCCCUACCAGUUUUACGCCACCGACUGCCUGGACGCCUUCACCAUGGAGCCCAAGACGGUGCAGGAUCUGACGCAACACACUCUGCUGGACAUCAUCUGCACCGAGGACUACUCGCGAGGCUACGUUUGGAAGUACGACAAAACCGUGCGCUUCGAGAUCAAAGACCGGUUCGCGCUCUUCGCUGGACCCCGUCUCCACAACAUGGCUUCGCUUUACGGACAGCUGGAUACAACCAAGAAGCUGAGGGACUUUUUCACCAUCACCGACCUGAGAAUCCGCCUGCUCCGCCCCGCCACGGGGGCCACCAUGGUGGACGAGAACAACCUGUCCAGAUACUUCUACGCCAUUUCCGACAUCAAAGUCCAUGGCAGGUGCAAGUGCAAUCUCCACGCCAACAGCUGUGUGUAUGACAAAGAGAAGCUGAGCUGCGAGUGCGAGCACAACACCACCGGGCCUGACUGCGGCCGCUGCAAGAUAAACUACCAAGGGCGAGCGUGGAGCGCCGGCUCCUACCUACCCAUCCCCAAAGGCACCGCUAAUAUCUGUAUUCCUAAUAGCAUCGGUCCCGUUAACUGCGAGUGCUUCGGCCAUUCCAACCGAUGCAGCUACAUCGAGGUGCUAAACACCGUCAUUUGCGUGAGCUGUAAGCACAACACUAGAGGCCAGCACUGCCAUCUUUGCAAGAUGGGCUACUACCGCAAUGUCUCAGCAGAACUGGACGAUGAAAAUGUGUGCAUAGAGUGUAAUUGUAAUCCCUUUGGCUCAGUCAGAGAUCACUGUAAUGGCACAGGAUUUUGUAUAUGUAAGGAGGGCACUACAGGGCCCAAGUGUCAGGAGUGUCUACCCGGCUAUUUGUGGGACAAUGGCUGCAAAUCCCCGGUGUGCGACGACGAGCUCCUGCGCUGCCAGAAUGGGGGUGUGUGCGUCAAUAAUGCCCGCUGCAACUGCCCCCCAGAGUACUCGGGCCUGCUGUGUGAAAAGAGCCGCUGCGACUCGGAGGCAGCGGGCUGCGGAAGCCGGGAGUCGGGCCAGCCGCCCCUGACACCCCCGUCCCCCUGUGGUUUGCUGACCCUGCUGCUGCUGGGCUCUGCGCUGCUGAGAGAGGCCCCCUGCUGGCCCGCCGCACUCUGAAGAGACCUGUUAGUGGGAGUGACGCUCCUCAUGCCGCCUCCACCUUACCCCUUCCUAUGCCCCCCCCCCUCCUUUCAAAUAACCAACAACCUUUAAAAAAAAUAAUAAUAACACCACCAUGAGUUCUCUGGACUGUGAUCUGCUCAGCUUUUCAGCUGCCGGCCUCCUCUGGCGCAGGCUGAGGAUGACGGGAAUGUGCCAGGGUGCAAAAACUUUCCAUUUAAGUUCAAAGAAUAUAUAGAAUUAAAAAAAACAUAUACUUCUAAAAGAAAAAAAUUAAAAAUAUGACAAACUGAGCAUUUGCCUGAAAAGACUAAACUGUGCAAAAACAAGUGACCCCCCCGUCCCACACACACCUCUACCACCAAACCCAGACACUUACCCCCCCUCUAAGCCAUACCAGGUACAUGAACUCCUUCCAGUUUGAGGAGGAAUUACUCCAGAUGACAGACUAGUUCACUUCCUUUUGCAUCGCCACGGCAACAACAGCUGCAGCCAAUCAGCACAGGCCAUGAGCUGACGGCGGCCCAGGAGCCCUGAGGGAUGCUUCUGCAACUUGCUGGACGACUGACGUUAAAAAAAAGACACCCAAAAAAACUUAAAACAAAAAAAAAAAGAACAACUUUCUCAAUCGGCCUCUGAGACAGAUAAGAAAAAAACUGUCUCUAAAAACAGAAAGAGGUGACGACGCAGGAGGAAUUCUUUGCUGUCAGUGCAUUGUGGAUAGAAGGAAAUCCGUCCAGAACGCCACGUUGUGACACAAAACCCCGCCCACUUUAAUCCCUCUCAAUCUUUGUGUCUCUUCUGUCACCCUCCCUUCCUGCACUGACCUGUGCUUUCGUGAACUCUGUAAGCCCCUGUUGGUUGAAAGAUUCUUUUGUCCGAUGUUAGUGAUGCACACGUGUAAGAAGCUCCUGACCCUCCCCUGCUUCCUCCUCCUCCAGCUUUUCUUUCUCUUCUUUUCUUUUCUUUUUUUUUUCCACCUUUGAGUCACCUCGCUCCCUUCGAUCAUGGCCAGAGGAUAGUUUUCACCUGAGCAGACGAGAAGAGCAUAGAAAAUCCAUCGCUGUAAUUGCAAUUUUUUUUUUUUGACAGCAAACCGGAAAAAGAACAAAAAAAACCCCCAGACAUAUAGUCUUUUUGUAUCUCUGAGAAGCUGUGAUGGAAGAAAAGAAAACAUUAAUGUAUCUAUUUAAGACCUCCAGAUGCUUGGGUUUCUGUUUUUCUUUGAACUCCUCUCAUUCGUUGCUUCAUUUACACAUUAUUUUUUGUUGUGCAGUGGAUUUUUCCUUUGUAUUGGCAACGUGCUGACAUCAAAGAAUAUCAGUUUACAUAUGCCGUAUUAAUAAAGUGUAUUCAAAUCCCACCAAAGGACAUUAUAAAUGUUUUGUUCUUGCUUUAACACUUUAUAUCUUAAGUGAAUAAAAGUCUGAAAGCCUAAAACGU